AUGCGCCUAAAAUCAAACACAGCUGUAUGCCCACGCAUAUACGGACAACCCAAAGCGCACAAACCCAACUUGCCACUGCGCCCGGUGGUCUCCAAUAUCACAGCACCGAAAUAUCAACUUGCCAAGUUCAUAGGCAGUAUACUAAAAUCAUCAUUCCACAGUGAGUACAACACACCCGACAGUUUCCAGUUCACCGAGUAUAUACAACAGGCCACCCUUCCACCUGACUAUGUCCUAGUGUCGUUUGAUGUGGUCUCUCUGUACACAAACAUACCAACAGAGCUGGUCACCCAUGAUAUCAUCAUGGACUGGCGUAACAUUAAAGUUCACACCAACAUUAAUUUGGAUUUGUUUCUCGAGCUAGUCGAGUUUUGUAUUAAAAGCAGUUACUUCAGAUUCCGGGAAAAACACUACAAGCAAACGUUCGGCACAGCCAUGGGCAGCCCCCUAUCGCCCAUUCUAGCUGAUAUUAUUAUGGAAAACUUACUACAAACUUCAAUCAAACGACUUCCAUUCACCAUUCCGGUAAUCCGCAAAUAUGUUUACGAUCUAUUCUUGGCGCUCCCCAAAGACAAAGUACAACAAACUCUGGAUACCUUUAACGCAUACAAUCAACAUCUACAGUUUACAAAAGAAGAGGAGAUCGACAACAAACUUUCGUUCUUAGACACAGUAGUAACUCGACAUUCAGACCAAACACUAUCUACACGCUGGUACGCAAAACCGAUAGCAUCAGGCCGUCUUCUGAACUACCAUUCUUUCCACCCGCUAUCGAUGAAAAUGAACGUCGCUCAACAAUUCAUUAAAAGAGUGACUGGUCUCACCACGGAUAACUGCCCUAACUUGCAGCAAAAUAUAAUUUUUCAACAUCUCCGUAGGAACAAUUACCCAUCAUCACUCAUCAACAGACUUAUAUCCCGCAAUGCAAAAAUAUUCUGCCCCUCCAAUAACUCUCAACAACCGGAUAAAAAUAAAAAUGCAUCUAACACAAGAGAUCCACCCAACGAUAGCAGUCCGUCCACCGACCAGGUUUACAGAUCACUGCCAUACGUACCAUCACUCAGUACAUCUAUACUGAUCAGUCUCGGUGAGAAAACCGCUCUCAUCGAACACAUGAUCAAAAACGACCACAAUUUUGAUCUCACCAAAGCUAAGAUCAUUGAUAAAACCUAUCGAUCGACGGCUCUACCAAUACUUGAAAUGUGCCACAUCUCAAACACCGCCAACACCGUCAACCAUCGCACCGAUGUAGAUGGUCUCAACACUACCUACGCCGGCAUCCUACACACACUGAAAACGACCAGCACUCGAAGGAAUAGAAACACAGAAACCAGUGAUGACAGUUGUUUGGCUCACAAUUGCUAUCAAUCCCUCCAUACGCAAUCACACAAAAUCGUCAUCUCCACAACCAUUUCGGCCAGUGCAAAAACACCCAACCUCCCACCGUUGGCAAUCAGCGACCACGACAAAAACGACACGAUUAAAGUACCGAACUGCAACAUACAGGGAUACCACGAGUACUACAGGAACAAACUUCAAAAAAGUAUGGAAAAUAACGAAGAUGUAUUAAACAUUACCCCACUUCCGGAUAAUACGUUCAGCUGCAUAGCGUGCGAGAGACCAGACUCAGCAGACAAUCUAGUUCAGUGUGAUAAAUGCCACAAAUGGUGGCAUUACUCAUGUGCUGGGGUCACUGAUUCUAUUGUGAACCGAGAUUGGAUUUGCCCGAGAUCAGGCAUGGCAAAAGCACCGAACGGUGCUGCACGGUGGGCACUUCUACCAAUAAACACGCCACCAAGAGGAUUGAAGUUGGCACGCCGUACCGGUGCUCAACAGCAGACACCGGUCGCCGAUACCAAGGCACCGGUGUCGGUGCCAGCGCAUGAUAUUUAA